AUGUUUGAUCCAUUUGCAAAAAACCUUGCAGAUGUUACAGACCCGUCUGAGUGGAAGCCAACUAAGUUACCGAUGCUCUCGCAGCUUGAAAGUCUCCAACGAUGCUACAUUUGUAAAGAAUUCCUCCUGGCUCCGGUGCUCACUUCUUGCAAUCACACCUUCUGCUCCAGUUGCAUACGACAACACUUGAUGAUCAAAAAUACGUGUCCUUUGUGUCUUUCCAACCAGUUAGAAAGUAAUCUAAGACGCGUGGUUGUUCUCGAAGAGAUUGUGAACUGUUUCAAGAGUUUAAGGCCGUUUUUACUCGACUUUUUACAACCACCUAGCAAUGAUUCUGUUUCUUCCACCAGCGACCGCACAGAAAUCCGCCUGGUGCCGAAGCGGAAACUACCAUCACCAGAAACAUCUUCUCUCCCGGAUUCUGACGAUGUGAUUAUCAUUUCCGAAGAAGACGAACCGAUGAAACGGACAAAGCUAUCUGCCGAUGAAGCUGAAUGUCCCAUUUGCAACAAGAAAAUGGAACCUGAGUUUCUCCAGAAUACCCACAUCGACAAUUGUCUUAAUGGACACAGUGACGUGCUACCUAAGGAAAAGCCAGGUGGUGGUAAAAAGGGGAUUCUGGCUUUUUUCAAACCUCGGGCUAAAAAUAAUGAAUCAAACAGCGCUGAAAACGCUCUCAAGAUCAACCACCUGGACUUCUACUUCAACAGUGCUGAAAAACACGUCGUGAAGGAGAUCCGGUUGGCCAAACUAGACUUUAAUUCUUUGUCGGUACCCAAACUCAAAGAGAAACUCCAUGCCAUAGGGAUUCCUACCACCGGCUCACGUCACCAGCUCGAGCUCAGGUACAACCAGUACUAUAUUCUUUUCAACGCAAACCUUGAUAGUAGCCACCCUGUGGAUGUUAGAGUUCUUCGUCAAAGACUUAGUCGAUGGGAGUCAUCUCACGUGGCAUUCACCAACGCUGGGAACGGAAGUAUUUUUGGUGGCCGGAUGAGUACAAGAAGUAUAACUGAUAAGCAGUUCCUGGUAACCGAAUGGCAGCAGGCGUACCACCAAGACUUUAAGGAAUUGACUCGCCGUGCGAGGGCCAAUACGCAAAGAAACCUAAACCUUAAAACAAGAACCACUCUAGAAUCUGAAGAUUCAAAUACUCAUCCCAAGCCAUCUCAGGGGCUAGAAGGGUAUACCCCUCUUGAUUCUAAUGAUGUGGUUAAGGAGGACUCGGAGGUGGAAACGUCCGGUAAGAAAAUGGCUCAAGCCGGAUAA